AUGCCAAGACCUAACUUUGCCAAAUGGGGUUAUUUUGCCCAAGUGUUGGGCCUUUUCCUGCUCGGUAGACCGCCAGCACUCGGAAGAACACACCAAACCAAAGGAAAAACGAUUACAGAAGAAAUGGAGGUUUCCUAUAGGCCACAUAGAGCGAAAAUGCCAAGACCUAACUUUGCCAAAUGGGGUUAUUUUGCCCAAGUGUUGGGCCUUUUCCUGCUCGGUAGACCGCCAGCACUCGGGAGAACACACCAAACCAAAGGAAAAACGAUUACAAAAAAAAUGAAAGUUUCCUAUAGGCCACAUAGAGCGAAAAUGCCAAGACCUAACUUUGCGAAAUGGGGUUAUUUUGCUCCAGUGUUGGGCCUUUUCCUGCUCGGUAGACCACCAGCACUCGGUAGAACACACCAAAACAAAGGAAAAACGAUUACAGAAAAAAUGGAAGUUGCCUAUAGGCCACAUAGAGCGAAAAUGCCAAGACCUAACUUUGCCAAAUGGGGUUAUUUUGCCCAAGUGUUGGGCAUUUUCCUGCUCGGUAGACGGCCAGCACUCGGUAGAACUCACUAA